UUCUCCGAUAGCUCUCGGAGUUCAUCGUGGCCACAAGCGCAGCGCCGGAGAGCUGUUCUCUGAGUUUGGAGAAGCGGUCUCGAAGGAGGGGAAGUUGGUUUUCCGUCGUGGAAUGUGUUCUUUGUAGCGAGGAUGAGUAGAAAGCCGGUGUUGGUCUUGCUUUGCGUCACCGUGCUCGCGCCCAUCGUUCUCUACACUGACAGGCUCUCCUCUUUCUCUAAUUCCAUUUCUAUUAAUGAUUUCGUUGAAGAAGGGGCUAAUUUGAACUUGAGCAAUGAGGGCGAGAAGUUGCACGCUCUUCCUCAGGAAUCGUCUGAUGCGCUGAAAGAACCGAUUGGAGUUGUUUACUUUGAUAAUUCAAGUAAUUCCGAUCAGAUCUCGGCACUGAACGGACGAGAAUUGUCACCGGGUAGAUCUGGAGAGCAUAAAAGCAGAGUGCUGUCAGCAGCGGACGAGGGUGAUCGAACUGAGAAUGGGUCAGUGAUUGCACAGGUGACGAGCAAAGAUAGUGUGAAAGAUGAUGGAUUGCAGAAGUCAAAGAGAGAACCCGACUUUCCGGAGAAGAAGGGGAUUAAAACAGAGAAACAGUCUGAGCAAACACCUCCGAAAACCGAGUCUCGAAAACAACUUCCUGGUAGAGAAAGCAGGAAUGCUAAACCUGCUGAUAAGCAAAGUAGUGCAACUGCUAAUCGACAAAGUAGUAACACCCCAUUUCCUGAUGCUCGGGUACGGCAACUUAGGGAUCAGUUGAUAAGGGCGAAGGUUUAUCUUGGUCUUGGAUCGACAAAGACCAAUCCUCACUUCAUUAAAGAGCUCCGAGUGCGAAUAAGGGAAGUGCAGCGAGCACUUGGUGAUGCAACCAAGGACUCGGACCUGCCCAAGAGUGUGAAUGAGAAAAUGAAGGCUAUGGAACAGUUGUUGGCCAAAGGCAAGCAAAUUCAAGAUGAUUGCUCUGCUGUUAUAAAGAAGCUUCGAGCAAUGCUUCACUCGACAGAGGAACAGCUCCGAGUUCAUAAGAAGCAGACAUUGUUUUUAACACAACUUGCAGCUAAAACACUUCCUAAAGGACUCCACUGCCUUCCUUUGCGGCUUUCAACUGAGUAUUACUCAUUGAGCCCAAGCCAACAGCAGUUCCCGAACCAAGAAAAACUUGAAGACCCCAAGCUCUAUCAUUAUGCCCUGUUCUCUGAUAACAUAUUGGCAGCAGCUGUGGUGGUGAAUUCUACUGUUAUUCAUGCCAAGAAUGCUGCAAACCAUGUUUUCCACAUUGUGACUGAUAGGCUUAACUAUGCAGCCAUGAGAAUGUGGUUUAUAGCUAAUCCUCCUGGGAAGGCCACCAUCCAAGUUCAGAAUAUUGAAGAGUUUACAUGGCUGAAUGCAAGCUACAGUCCAGUUCUAAAACAACUUGGGUCUCAGUCUAUGAUAGAUUAUUACUUCAGGGCUCAUCGUGCAAGCUCUGAUGCAAACUUGAAGUAUCGGAACCCCAAGUACCUUUCCAUUCUAAACCAUCUUCGGUUUUAUUUACCUGAGAUCUUCCCAAAGCUGGACAAGGUGGUUUUUCUUGAUGAUGAUAUCGUAGUAAAGAAAGAUCUCACAGGCCUUUGGUCCAUUAAUCUUAAAGGUAAGGUCAAUGGUGCUGUUGAGACUUGUGGAGAAAAUUUCCAUCGGUUUGAUAGGUAUCUCAACUUCUCAAAUCCUCUCAUUGCCAAAAACUUUGAUCCGCAUGCAUGUGGCUGGGCGUAUGGCAUGAAUGUGUUCGAUUUGUCAGAGUGGAGGAAACAGAAGAUAACAGAAAUAUAUCACUCUUGGCAGAAGCUGAACCAUGAUAGAACUUUAUGGAAGUUGGGAACUCUUCCUCCUGGUCUGAUUACAUUUUGGAACCGAACUUUUGCACUAGACCGUUCAUGGCACGUGCUGGGACUAGGCUAUAAUCCAAAUGUUAGUCAGAAAGAUAUCGAAAGGGCAGCAGUCAUACACUACAACGGAAAUAUGAAGCCUUGGUUAGAGAUUGGAAUCCCUAAGUUCCGCAACAACUGGUCGAGGUUUGUGGACUAUGAUCAGGUUUAUCUGAGGGACUGCAAUCUCAAUCCAUAAAACAAAAACCGUAUUACUAUCGCACUUCUUCCAACACUGAUUGUCACUUAUUUUUUGUAGCUUUAUUGUGUUUUUUUCAGUUAAAAAUUUUUAGUUUGAUUCUUUAUGCUCUAUAGCUAUGAAUUGCAUUGGAGCUUUAAUUCUUGUGACCAUGACUACGUUAUUCUGCGUAAUUGCAGAAAUAUUGUAAAUGAUUCAUAAUCAGAGUGCAAACUUUAGCAAUGUAGGUGGUUCUUCUUCUGUCUGA